AUGCUUGAUGACGCUGCAAAGAUGGUCAUGCUCAAUGGAGAUAUUAAAGAUACUCCGGAAGUUCUCAAACUCGCCUUGUUUACCGAUGUGAAGGACAGGUACAAGUAUGAGUACACGCCGAACUCUGACGAUUAUCUGAAUGGAUUCAAUGAAGUUUUCGGCGAUGACUACAAGGAGCUGUAUUCUGAUAACGCUGGUUCGAGCGUGACCAAUGCUGUACAGUUCUAUACGCAGGAGCGUUUGCGCAAAGCAGCGAUCAAUGACGGCUAUAUUGCCCAGUCUCUUGGUUUCAGAAGCCUUACCGACUAUUAUGAGGCAUAUCCGGAAGCAAAAGAAAAAUAUAAUGCAGAAAACGUAAGAACCAUCAAGCGAGAAUAUGACAGGGCGGCAAAUAAUAUCCGUUCGAGCUUUUCCAUGUUGGCAAUGGCAAGCGGAGAAGAUGUCAAUUACGCCAAUAUGCUUGAAGGAUACGAUGAAAAGGCCGCUGCAAAAUACGAUAAAGCCAUUCGCGGAAUCGGAGGCGAGGAAGCGCCCGAACGCAUUGACGAUAAGGGCUAUGCCUAUGCUUUCGUGAAAAGCCUUGAAAUGGCUGGCAUCAAUCUGGCUGACAACAUUCUUAGCCCGCUUGAUUUCUUUGUGUUUGAACGUGAUGACGCAGGACGCGAGCGCGAUUUGAGAAACACUUUCUCCACGCGUAACGAGGCAAGGAACUAUAUCGAAUACGCUAUCAGUCAGAUACCCGAUGAAGCGGUUCGCAAUGCAGAAAUUGAGAAAUUCAAUUCGUAUCAGGGCGAUAUUUAUGACUAUAAUUAUCGUAUCCGUGGAGAAAGCGUUGCAAAUUGGCGUAUCUCCCUUGCCGAGAACAGUCGUAUCGUUGCAGAAGAACUUGCAACUCAUCUUUCCGAGGAAGAAGAAGCGUUUGCAUACAAUGCCGCCAAUGUAGAAACGAACAUUGGUAUGAUGAUCGAAAACGCCGCUCUUGUUGGCCUGUCUGGCGGUAGUGGCAUUGCUGGCAUUGCUGGCGCAUCCGCUAUCUACGGUCUCCCCGAAGGUGCAGACCUUGGCAGACGCAUCUAUGAGAAAACGGGAGACCUUGAUUCUGCGCAGGUGUUUGGUCUUGGCGCGAGUGUUACAAUUGGUACGCUCGAAAGCAUUACGGAUGCUAUGUUUACUGGCAUCGGUAAAUGGCUUGAUAUUCCCACGUUCAAGAUUUCCAAUGCGUACAUUGAGAAGAUGGUGUCCAGCGUUGCGGCAAAGUUCCCGAAUCGUAUUCCCGGCAUCCUGAACCGUGCAUUCAAGAUCACGAAUUCGCUUACUUCGCUUGCGGGUGAAUCUAUCACGGAAGGUUUGCAGGAAGCAAUUGAGUAUGCGGCGCUUGAAACGAUUUAUUACGCCGCGACUGGUGAGAGCGAAUUCGACAUAAACGUUCUCAAAGAAAACGCUGUGGGCGGCGUUGAAAUGGCUCCCUUCCUGAAACUAUUCGGCUCCGGAAUCGACUAUGUAGGCAAGAUGUUGAGCGGAAAUACGAAAAAGGCCGCUGGAAAUGUUGCAGCCAUGAAGGUUGCGGCGCAGGAAAGCGCGAAGGAAGCGGCUGAACAGCUUUAUGAGGAAAGCAAGAAAGCUGAUAUUGAAAAGCUGUCCGCUCAGAAGAUGGCUGAAAGUGUGUCCGAAAUCGAGAACAGCGCAGAGAAACAGGCUGUGGAGGAAGCAAAGGCGGCGUUUGAAGCUGCUGAUGCGGACUAUAAUAGCAAGGUAGCGGCACAGGAAGAAGCGAAAAAUACCGUUGCAGAGCUUGCACAGCAGCAGCAGGAAGCGGGAACGGAAGAUGUUGUAUCCGCGAGUGAAGCGCUUGCUAAAGCCACGGAGAAGAUGAACGAAGUGAAUGCUGCGGCUGAUAAAGCGCUCGAAGCCCGUAACGCUGCCGAAAGUGUGUACAAGACUGCGGAUAAAGUUCUUUCAGAUUUCAAAGAAAGAUUCGUUCAGAGCAAACGCGCGGAGGCAGAAGCAGAGAUCAACGCGAACGAGGAAGCCAUGCGUGCCCGUGCGAACGAAGAAGCACAGGCGAAGUAUGCUGAACGCUUGGACAAAGUAGCUACGGAAUAUGCUAAAAAGCUGGCUGGCGAAGAUGCUACUUCCAUCGAUGUGGACAAUAUGCGCAAGAGCAUUGAGAAGAAGGCCGACAAGAUCAUUCAGAAGGUCGAAGGCAAAAUGCAAGCCCUCAAAGGAAACGUUGAGCAGAUGCUUCCCGGGUGGAAGGUUGUGUAUGAUGACACGCUGAAAAGUGCGGACGGCUAUAUGGAUCCCCGCACUCAACAGAUUGUUUUGAAGGGAAACAACGGCAAGCUCAGUCUCAAUUCUCUUAAAAACGUUGUUGUCCAUGAGCUCGUCCAUGUGCUCAAAAGCGUUAAUCAGUCGGCAUAUGAUGCGUUUGAAAAGACGAUUCUUGAUGCGCAGUACAAGGGCAAUGCUGAUACUCUCGCUGCCGAUAUUCGCGCGAAAAUUGAGAACUACAAGACGAUUUCCAAUGGAAAAGUCACGCUUGAUGAGAAUACCGCCCGUGAAGAAGUUGUUGCCGAGCUUGCACAGCAGAACCUUUUCGGAAAGGAUAUUCUCGCGCUCAACCGUUUAGUACUCUGCGUUGAUACCACUGCU